AUGAAACGUGGAUUUAACAUGAUUCAAAAUGCGAACAUCUCAAACUCAAAACCCAAUGCUACACUCGAAGACGUGGUUGUAGCCGUAAUAAAUAUUUCAGAUAAUCAAACUGACAAAAAAGGAAAAUAUUGGACAGCAUCAAUUUCUGAUUCAAAUCAGAAUAUGAAUCGAAUAACCAAAUAUCUUUCAUCAAGAAUAAACUGUUCUCUCCAUUUAAAAAUGGUUGAACAUUUGAAUAAUCAACAUGGUGUUAAACUCAAUAAACUAAAAUUUAAUGGUGACAAUGCAUAUAUUGCAACUAGUGAAACAAUUGCAACACCAAAGGUCCUCUCAUUCGCACCUCUAUGUACUCAAAUUACUACGAUAAAAAAUAUCGAGUCCAUGACAGAUGGAGAGUAUUUAUCGUUAACAUGCAAAAUAAUCGAUGUUGGCCUUGACGAAACUGCCUUUUUCAAUAAUGGACAAAAAAGAGUACAGAAACUAAAGCGAACUGCCAUAGUAGCUGACAAAACUGAUUCUAUAAAUAUGAAUAUUUGGGAAAAUCAAUUUAAUCUAAUAGAAAAAGAUCUAUCUUAUAUAAUAAAAUUAGCAAAAGUAAAAAUAUUUAAUGAUGAUAUCUCAAUCACAACAACAACACACACGAUAUGCAAAUCGAGAUCAUUAUUUAUAAAACAAUCUAUUCAAAAAACCAAGAUUAAACUUAAUCUUAAUGAUGUCAAUCGAAAUAUGUUUGAAUUUAUUGCUGAUACGUUGAAAGUUCAAGCUUUAUUAGAACGAUGUAGCCAUCCAGAUCUUUCUCGAGUCGAUUUAGUUGAACAGGAAGACGUACUACUUGCCUUGUCUUCGAUGAAUGUUCUCGUUAACUUUAAUCCGACAAACAUGCAUAUAAAUACAAUUGUAUUGAAUAAUGUUGAAAAUAACUAA